CCAUCUAAUAAAAGUCCAUUCUAAUCCUGAACGGCUCACAGUUUAGUACCUGGAAGAUGGAGCAGAGUGGGACCUCAGUUUGAAAUUGCCUACGAAGCUAUGACGCAACAUCGUGGCUUAUUAUUGUGAUGAAGCAGCAGCGGCGUCGUCAUCAUCAUCGGCCAAUUUCUUCUUCCUUUGACUCGAAAAUGUCGCCAACGAGAUCCCGUCUGCGCUAAUCAUGCGUGCGCUAGCAUGCUGCACGCUAGCAAGUGGAGUUAGCAGCAGCGGCAGCGGCGGCGGCGGCCACUCGCCGGGUGAACUUCAGCCGCGGAGUGGAAGCGCUCCAUCGAAGGUGGCUGACAGGAAAAGAAGCUCUUCUGACAAUUUCGGACACAAUGGCACCUCAUGCUGCGGUUCAGGCUGUCAUCGACCUUUCUGCUGGAGCUAUCGGGGGCGCUGCGUGUGUCUUCAGUGGACAACCUCUGGACACCGCCAAGGUCAAGAUGCAGACCUUCCCCACACUCUACAGGGGCUUCGUCCACUGCAUCACGUCUACCUACAAACAAGUCGGUAUUCGGGGCCUCUACCAGGGAACGUCGCCGGCUCUGAUGGCCAACGUCGCCGAGAACUCCGUGCUCUUCAUGAGCUACGGCUUCUGCCAGCAGGUCAUCCGCUUCACGGCGGGACUGCACUCCGAUGCCGUGCUGAGUGACAUGCAGAAAGCGUGUGCCGGCUCAGUGGCGUCCGUCUUCUCUUCGCUGGUUCUCUGCCCCACCGAGCUGGUCAAGUGUCGUCUGCAAGCCAUGUACGAAAUGGAGGCCACGGGCAAGAUUGCGAGGAGUCAGAACUCGGUGUGGUCUGUGGUCAAGUCCAUCAUGAAGAACGACGGUCCGCAGGGCUUCUUCCAGGGCCUGACCACAACCGUCGCCAGAGAGGUCCCCGGCUACUUCUGCUUCUUCGGCGCCUACGAGCUGUGCCGCAGCGCCUUCGCAGAAUACAUGAAGUGUGAAAAAGACGACAUAGGCGUGGCUCCGAUUGUUUUCAGCGGAGGUUUCGGAGGGGCGUGUCUGUGGCUGGUGGUCUACCCCAUGGACUGCGUCAAGUCUCGGAUCCAGGUCAUGUCCAUGACGGCCAAACAGGGCGGCUUUUUCAAAACCUUUAUGAUCAUUGCGCGCACCGAAGGUAUCCGAGCGCUCUACUCCGGUCUCACUCCCACCAUGGUGCGCACCUUUCCCGCUAACGGAGCACUUUUCCUGGGCUACGAGGCCAGCCGCAAGGUCAUGAUGAAGCAGUUUGACAGCUGAAUUGCCCGUUUUUACACAAGCGAGGAAGGGGCAGCGGUCUGGAUGCAUUCGGGCCACAAAAGCUCACCCACACUCCCAUUGAUGCUCAUGUGAGGAUGCUCGUGAUUGUUUUGUUGGCUUUUGCUCAAGUCCAUCUCCAUUUCCAUUAAACAUAUUUGAAGUGAUGGUGAUGCAUUUUUAGAGCUAACAAUUGUUAGUAGCCUCCGGUAUUUCUGAGAGACAGCUAUUCUAUGUGGAAUUGUCCACAUUCCGUUGUUGCCUACCUCAGUGUGGGGAAAUGCACAAAAAUAUCUCGGAUUUGAAGUUUUUUUUCCGAGCCUCUAAUGUUGUGCGGGCACAUCAAGUAGAAAAAAGAAAACUACUUUUGAAUGCACGACUAUUUUAGAGCCUUGAAACAGACCAAUUGUGUUCACUGGUCUAAUAACGCCACUCCUGAGUUUAUCUAACUUUUUAGUAUUUCGAAAUAAAAUGUAUGAUUCACAUGUUUUUAAAAAUUGUGGUAUAUCCUAGUUUUUCAAUUUUUCUGCUUUUUGAGUAUUUCCAAACUGACUGGCUGAUGUCUUGAAUUUCAAUAACUGGGUGUGUUCUGACAAAGCAAAUUCAUUUAAACUGAUUCAAACAGCCAAUUCUGAUAACUAAUUAUUUGCCUUUUUAAUCUCCCCAUUUUGCCUUUACUUGAGUGUGUGUGUGUAUAUAUAUAUUUUUAGGUCUGCUAAUGUGUGAUUUGCACUCCCUGUGCAGGGUUGUUCCACUGUUUUGCAGUUCACCAAUAAUCUCAGUCAUAUCCAUGGUAAUAGAAAUGUGUUUUAUUAAGAAAACGCCAACCAUUGAACUCUAAACAUCGUGGUAUAUUUAACAACCUUGACAUUGUAGUUCUAAAAUCCAGAUUAAAGUUUUCACUGAAUCAUCUUA